AUUUUCUUGAUGGUGUUAUAUGUGGAUAGGGUGGUGGUAUAUAGAAGAAGCGUUCCAAGGAAGGUUCCAGCUCUAAUAGGAUGGAACACACCGUUAUUGAGGGAGAGAGAAUCAGAAGAAAUAGAGGCUGGAGGAUUUGGUUUAGGGUAUCUAGACGAGAAGAUGACAAUCACCCGAGAGACCGGGAAAAGUGUCCAUGCUGAAGACAAAACAGAGGAUGUGGGAGAGCCCUCGACAGCACCGGGUGCAGAAGAGGACGUUCGGAAACGCUUUGCUAAUAAGACCAUGACAUUUGUUAAGAAAACGACUGAAAUCAUGAAGAUGUUAGAUGAAGCUCCUGAUGUACUUCGUGGAAGUGAAGAGUUCAAAGAGUUAGGUGAAGCGACGAAUAUGUUGAUGGCUGUUUUACAGAAGCAUUUUCAGGAUUUUGC